AUGCUCCCGCUGGCUUCUGCGCUGACUGCUCGUUUUGCUGCGCGUAGUGCGCCGACCUACUCGGCGGCACUGACCUUUGCGGCGCGCCGUAACUUCUCGGCCUCGCGCCGCAGCCUCGGUGUCGUCAAGGUGCCGCAGAUGGCCGAGUCGCUGACCGAGGGUACGCUGCAGAAGUGGAUCAAAAAGGUCGGCGACCACGUCAAGGCCGACGAGGAGAUUGCCACGAUCGAGACCGACAAGAUCGACGUUGCCGUCAACUCUCCCGAGGAGGGUGUGAUUGUCGAGGUGUACGCCGAGGAGGAGGACACGGUCGAGGUCGGCAAGGACCUCUUGAAGAUUGAGCCUGGCGAGGCCCCCAAGGACGACGGUAAGAAGGAGGAGAAGAAGGACGACAAGAAGGAAGAGAAGAAGGACGACAAGAAGGAAGAGAAGAAGGACGACAAGAAGGAGGAGAAGAAGGACGACAAGAAAGAGGAGAAGAAGGAGGAGCCCAAGGAGGAGAAGAAGGAGGAGAAGAAGCCCGAGCCCAAGAAGGAGACGAAGCCCGCUCCCAAAGAGGAGUCGAAGCCUUCGCAGUCGCAGUCUGCGCCCGCUCCCAAGGCUGGCGAGCGUGGCGAGCACCGCGUCAAGAUGAACCGCAUGCGCAAGCGCAUUGCCGAGCGCCUGAAGGAGUCGCAGAACACUGCCGCGUCGCUGACGACCUUUAAUGAAAUCGACAUGAGCUCGCUCAUGCAGUUCCGCGCGCGCAACAAGGACCGCGUCCUGAAGGAGACUGGCGUCAAGCUCGGUUUCAUGGGCGCCUUUGCCAAGGCCAGCGCCCUCGCACUCAAGGAGAUCCCUGCGGCGAACGCCAGCAUCGAGGGCGAGGGUCUCGGCGACACGAUCGUGUACCGCGACUAUGUCGACCUGAGCGUUGCCGUGUCGACCGACAAGGGUCUUGUCACCCCGGUCGUGCGCAACACGAACGACUUGAGCAUCCUCGAGAUCGAGCAGGAGAUCCACAACCUUGGCCUCAAGGCGCGUGACAACAAGCUCUCGCUCGAGGACAUGACCGGCGGCACCUUCACCAUCUCGAACGGUGGUGUGUUUGGCUCGCUCUUUGGUACUCCGAUCCUGAACCUGCCCGGCUCGGCCAUCCUCGGCAUGCACGCCAUCAAGGAGAAGCCCUGGGUGGUGAAUGGCAAGGUCGAGGUGCGCCCGAUCAUGGUCGUGGCGCUGACCUACGACCACCGCCUGCUGGACGGCCGCGAGGCCGUGACCUUCCUUGUGAAGCUCAAGCAGUACCUCGAGGACCUCCCUACGAUGCUCUUGUAG